CCUAGCGCCAAAUUGUCAACAUCCACAAUUUGCACGAGGUUAAUAGGAGUAUCUCCCAAUCGGCCAGCCGUAAAUUUAAUAACAGCCCGUAGGUCGUCGUGAUCGGUACCAAUGGAAGUCGCAGCAGGGAGGACGAGGCCGGGGACGGCGGUGUGCGUGACCGGCGCGGGAGGCUUCGUGGCCUCGUGGCUCGUCGAGCGCCUCCUCGCCGGCGGCCGGUACGUGGUCCAUGGCACCGUCCGUGAUCCGGGCGACGCCAAGAACGCGCACCUGGCGGCGAUGGACGGCGCCGCGGCCCGGCUGCGCCUGUUCAGGGCCGACUUGCUGGACUACGGCAGCGUGGCGGCGGCCGUCGCCGGCUGCGACGGCGUCUUCCACGUCGCGUCCCCAGUCCCCAGCACCUACCCAAUCGGUGACCCCGAGGUAGAGCUGCUGGCUCCGGCCGUGACGGGCACCAUGAACGUCCUCAAGGCGAGCUCCGAGGCCAAGGUCAAGAGGGUCGUCGUGGUGUCGUCGGUGGCCGCCGUGAUGGUGAACCCUGGCUGGCCCCAGGACGAGGUCAUGGACGAAGCUUGUUGGUCUGAUGUCGAAUUCUGCAGAACCAAUCAGAACUGGUAUUGUCUCUCCAAGACACUAGCAGAGACGGAGGCAUUUGAUUACGCCAAGAGAACGGGACUAGAUGUGGUGUCAGUCUGCCCAUCCCUGGUGAUCGGGCCCUUGCGGCAGUCGACAGUGAACGCAAGCAGCUCCAUCAUAGUCGAUUGCUUGAAAGGAGAUCAUGAGGUGAAACUGAAGCUGAGGAACUUCGUGGAUGUUCGCGACGUCGCCAAUGCUCUGCUCCUGGUGUACGAGACUCCGGAGGCGUCUGGACGCUACAUCUGCGAUGCAAAUGCAAGGCAGGUGUCUGAUGUCAUAGCGCUGCUGAAGAACUGGUACCCUGCCUACAAUCAUGCCACCAAGCUCGUGCAAGUGAGCGAUGAACCUUUGUUCAGCUCCAAGAAGCUGGAGGCGCUGGGCUGGAAAUUCAGGACGUUCGAGGAGACCCUCAGGGACAGCGUUGAAUCCUUCACGGCGGCAGGUGUCCUGGAUUGAACAAACAGUUGCCCUGUUCCGUAUAACUUUCGCAUUUUGAAAAUCAAAGUUCUUGUCUUGUGCAACAUCCCAACUUCCUUGACUUGAGAACUCAGACGGGUAUAUAAUGUAAUAAAUAAACAAACAAAAGGGAAAAAGUUUUGUCGUAUAUUAUGGCGCCAUAGUUA